AUGAGCCCCUUUGCCCGCGCCCGCGCCCAUGAACUCGAACAACCAUACGGCAUCACUGCAAGAGAUAUGCUUACUUUCAUCGACGGCCUCAAUGAAGCAUUCUUUGCAAAUCCAGUCCUACAAGCAACAAAUACAACUGGAAAUAUUGUCGGCUUUGUGCCUAUCCCCUCGGCUCAGAUCGUCAGUUCCACCAUUAGUCUUGCAUCUGGACUGGGUAUGGCAGCCACUUCAAUUCUGCGUACGAAGCAGUAUAUGAAAGAAGCAAACGAAAUUAUUUUUCACCCAAGAAGACUUCAUGCUCAGGUCUGCAAGACGGACAAAAUGCUCAUGCAGACUGGAAUCAAUUGUGAUGCUUUGGUAUUUGCACAGGGGCAGUAUCGGAUCGGCGAGGCGUCUGGUGACGGGAAUCAUUCAGUGCGGAGAAUGGAUGCGCUGGGUGAUCGGGUGAUGGCGCUUUCGUUUGAUGUUGAGGCACCUGUUGCUCCGGACAAUUGGAUGAAAAAGAUUGGGGCGUACUCGGCGCAGAGGGCGGAACAGAAGCAGUUGAAGAAGUUGGACAAGAAGCAGGCAAAAGCGGAUAGGAGGAAUGCUAAGGCUGAGAAAAAGGAGCGAGGAGGGAAUGGGAGAGCUGAAAAGUUGCAGAGUAAGGAAACGAAGAAGGUGAAGGAGUUGUGGAUUGUGAUUACAGCCGAAAGGGUUACCCUAGCUGGUGAUGAUGAUUGGGAUACAGAUGAUAAUAUUCAGAGACAGUGA